UUGCAGGGUGAAGUAGAUUUUACUACUUCGGGUCAAGCUGUUUUUACUGAUUCAAAAUAUUUCCGUAAUUAUGGUUGGUACGUUUCCGGAACCAUUCCAUCACACAGAAUCAUGCCUGAUUCUCAAGUUUCACAGCUUGGAUUCUGUAUCAAUUUGCAACGUUCUACAAAUUCAUUACGCAUAGAAAUGUCAUUGCCCAGUACAGUAACUUCUACACUGUUCCUUCUAACUCCAUUACUUGGAGAAAUUCAUAUACAAAUUAUUAAUAAAAUGUUUGUAUUAUUUCUACAGUUUCUAACUUUACAACUGUAUUCAACACGCAUUACGCCACAUCUUGGCUCUGUUGCUGCAACGCCUAAGAUAUUACAAUUUUUGCAAUUUGCAAUAAUAAUAAAUACACUUAGUAUAAGUGUGUCAAUUUUAUUGUGGAUGUGUAGCAAAAUUCGGCGGAAUCUUCCACCUUGGAAUUGGUUGAUAAGAAUAUCAGAAGUGAUCAAUAGAUGCGUCUGUGUUUUCAACUUUACUGAACGAACUUUGCCUUCUAAUAACAAAUCAUCCACAAUAAAUAAUUACCAGGAAGAUUGGAUUAAUGCAUUUAUGGCUUUACACGGAAUUGCUGUAUGCAUAUUAUCUUUGAUAUUUAUCUUCGGUUAUUUGAUAAUUUCGUGA